AUGUCUUAUCAAAACCCUGCAACCUUUUCUCCUUAUACACCACCUCCAGACGAACAAAAAGCAAAAACUUACCGUAAUUCAGGUCUUUAUACACCCAUUCCGAGUUCUAGCACGACAGCUUCAACAUCGGCCUCUGCUUCAGCAAAUCCGUUCGCGGGUAUUUAUCAAACAACAGAAAACUUGCCCGAUGGUCAAAUAAAAAUCAAUAAAUAUGAAACAGCUUUACCUAUAAGAGUUGAUAUCGAAGCGGCCAUGACUUACGUUUUAGGCUGUGUCACUGCAACAUUGGAACGAUUUGAAUUACCAUUCUUUGGAAGAUUAGCUAGUAAUUGGGUUGAUAAUGAAUAA